AUGGGGGCAACCCCUUUUCACCAUUCCAUCCUCGAGGUCCGGCUACCAAAGCACUUUGAUAAGCUGACAGAUAUGAGGUAUGAUGGAACUCAAGAUCCACAGGAACAUCUGACGGCCUUCGAGGCCAGAAUGAUUUUGGAAGGGGUAGGCGACGAGGUCAAGUGCCAAGCCUUCCCGGUCAUCCUGGCGGGACCUGCAAUACGGUGGUUUAAUAACCUCCCGCAGGGCUCGGUGGCUAAGGUUUCGAACAUUAGCCGCGCUUUCCUAGCCCAAUUCACUACCCGAAUCUCGAAGGCAAAACACCCGAUAAACUUACUCGGGGUGACACAAAGGCACGGUGAGCCGACUAGAAAAUACUUGGACCGAUUUAACGAUGAGUGUUUGGAAAUAGACGGCCUAACCGAUUCAGUGGCCAGCCUGUGUCUAACGAACAGACUUCUGAAUGAGGAUUUUAGGAAGCACCUCACCAUGAAGCUGGUAUGGACAAUGCAGGAGAUCCAAAGUGUAGCCUGGGAAUACAUUAACGACGAAGAAGUCAGCCAGGUCGUGGCUGCCAACAAGUGGCAGCCCUUCUACAAUCAAACCCAGCAGCACGAAGUUUAUCAACAGAUAGCCGAGACGGGAAUUUUGUCGAAGCCCCUAUCCCUGAAGGAUCGGACCGAAGGAAACAAGAGCCUCUAUUGUGACUACCACAAAGGCUAUGGACACAAGACACAGGAUUGCUUCGACUUGAAGGACGCGCUGGAACAAGCGAUCCCGGAUGGAAAACUGGCCGAGUUCUCCCAUUUCAUCAGGGGGCCAAGGAGGCGAGAUCGCGACCGCGAGGGAGAGGACAAGACCCGUGCGGUGAAGCGACGUCAUGAGCUGGAGGACAAUGAGCACGGCCUUACCAUAGUGAAUGUGGUAACGGCAAGAGACGCAACUCCAAGGUUAAGGUCGGCACACAAGAAAGACGCCAAGGUCCUGGCAGUUUUUUCAUCCUCCGUGCGAAGCCCCAAGAGGCUCCCACCCAUCUCAUUCGGUCCAGAGGACCAAUGGUUCGAUAAGGACACAAAAAACCCUCCCAUGGUCAUCACGGCCAGAGUGGGAACCGUCCUCAUCAAAUGGAUUCUCGGGGACACCGGGGCUGACUUGAAAAUCGUGUUCCUCAACGUGUUCGAUGCCUUGGGUCUACGGCAUGCCGAUUUAAAGACGCACCAACACGGUGUUAUGGUUUUGGGCGACCACUUCAUCAAGCUAGAUGGGAUAAUCUCCCUACCAAUAUCUGUAGGGUCAAGACAAGGGAGAAGGUCAGUAAUGGCCGAGUUCGUGGUCCUACAAGACUCCACGGCCUACAACAUCAUCCUAGGGAGGAAGACUAUCAACGACCUCGGAGCAGUGAUCAGUACGAAGAUGCUGGGCCAAUGGCGAUUUAUUUGCUUGGACGCCAGCCGACAUGCUGGGGAUAGACCCCCAACUCAUGUCACAUCACUUGGCCGUCAAGCCGGAGGCCUGACCAGUGGCUCAAAGAAGAAGGAAGAUAUCACAAGAGAGAGCAGAGGAGGUGGCCAGGCAGACGGCCAGCCUCCUCGAAGCGGGGUUUAUCUGAAAGCUAGACUACUCGACCUGGCUGUCGAAUGUGGUUUUGGUAAAAAAGCACAAUGGGAGAUGGAGGAUGUGUGUGGAUUACUCUGA